AUGGACAAUACUACACGAUUCAUUCUUGAUAUAAUGGAUGCAGAAGAAGAAGAGCAUCAAACAAGGAUGAGAAUGGGUGCGGCUUACAUUCAUAAUCAGCUUGAAAGAGCAAAUUCUAUCUCCUAUCAUGGUGGUUCCACAAUGAUGAAUCAUCGUAUGAUUGAUCGCAAUAGAGAAGAAGGUCAUGCUAGACUGUAUCGUGAUUAUUUUUCUGAUACACCUACAUAUACAUAUACACAAUUUCGUCGAAGAUUUCGGAUGCGUAGAUCAUUGUUUAUGCGAAUUGAAGAAGCAGUUACGGCUCAUGACAAUUAUUUUACUCAACGAACUGAUGCUGUGGGAAUUUGUGGCCUGUCUUCACUUCAGAAAGUGACAGCUGCACUUAGGAUGCUUGCAUAUGGAACAGCAGCUGAUGCAAUCGUUGAUUAUGUUCGAAUUGGUGAGAGUACAGCAAUAGAGAGUCUAAGAAGGUUUGUUAAAUCAAUUGUUGAAGUCUUCGGAACUGAAUAUCCGAGACACCCAAAUGCUGAAGAUGUGUCUAGAUUACUAGCAGAGAAUGAACAACGAGGCUUUCCCGGAAUGUUGGGUAGUAUUGAUUAUAUGCAUUGGAAGUGGAAGAAUUGUCCAACUGGCUGGCAAGGGUCGUUGAAUGAUAUUAAUGUGUUAGAUCGGUCUCUACUUUUUGAAGAAUUAGCAGAAGGUCGCGGCCCUGAAGUGAGGUAUACUAUCAACGGGCAUGAAUAUAACAUGGGAUAUUAUCCUGCUGAUGGCAUAUAUCCUUCUUGGCCAACUUUUGUCAAAACUAUUCCAAAACCUCAUGGUAACAAAAGAAAAUAUUUUGCAAUUGCACAAGAAUCUGUUCGAAAAGAUGUUGAGAGAGCAUUUGGAGUGUUACAAUCUCGGUUUGCGAUGAUUCGUGGACCAUCACGAUUUUGGGAUGUGGGCACAAUGAAAUACAUUAUGACAGCUUGUAUAAUGUUACAUAACAUGAUCAUUGAGGAUGAAAGGGAUUUACAUGCCGAGGAACAACACUUUGAUGCAGAUGGUGAACCAACCGUUACCCGAAUACCAAGUCAUCCUAGUAGUCUGGGGGAAUUCAUACAAGUGCACCAGCAGAUUCGAGAUAAACAAGCUCAUGUUCAGUUGCAAAAUGAUCUUGUUGAACAUCUUUGGCAGAUUCAUGGCGGCGACUUGAAUUAA